AUGGCCUCUUGCAAGUUCUUCCUUGUGUUCAUCUUCGUCGCCUGGACAAUUUCCGGCACCGGCCAAGCUAUGGCGGCUCGUCGUCUUUUGGCACCAACUUUGCCAAAGCUGCCAUCGUUCCGGCCAUAUCUUUCCAUUCCCACCACGCCAACUUUCAAGUUUCCUCCACUGCCACCAACUACAAUUCCGACAGUCCCGGGCACUGUUCCCUACUUCAGGAGUUCUCUCUUGGCUAUUGCUGCAACCCCACCCCUACCCACCCAACCCACCAAAAGCGGGGUGAGAUUGGAAUGA